AUGAAAAAGUGCCUAGGCUCACAUCAUGUUUUAAAGUCACUAUCAGAAACUAGAUGGUCUGCUCGAGCUGAUGCUGUUACUGCUUUGUGUAAUGGUUACAAGGAAAUUUUAGAUGCUCUAAAAACAAUUGAAAUAGAUGAUAAGACUUCACCAAAUGUUAAAAACGAAACCCAUGGCUUAAUUAAGAAAAUGAAAAAGUUGGAAAAUAUUGUUCUUACUGAAAUUUGGAGUAAAAUCUUAUCAAGAAUAAAUGAAACAAACAAAAAUUUACAAAAAGAAAACCUUACUAUUGACGUCGGUUCAAAAUUAUUUGAUUCUCUUGCUGGUUUUCUAAGUGAGAUUAGAGAUAACUUUUAUAGUUAUGAAAGUUCCGCUAGAGAAAAAUUUCCAGAUUCUGACUAUAAAGAUUUACACCAACGAACUAAGAAGAGGAGUAUUCAUUUAACAUUACCCGGUGAACUGACAAACAAAAGUACAUCGUUUUCAGGUAGUGAAAAAUUCAAAAUAGAAACUUACUUCCCAAUAAUAGAUACAUUAAUAACUCAGUUAAAAAUUCGUGCUAAAUCAUACAAUACAAUAAAUAAACUGUUUGGAUUUUUCUCUAAUUUAAAAAAUUUAGAGACAAAAGAAGAAGUACAAGUCCAUUGCAAAACAUUUGCGGAAUUUUAUCACGUAGAUAUUAAUGAAAAUGAAUUAAUUUUAGAAUGUAUACACUUAAAAGCGUAUCUAUCGGAACUUGAUAUUUCUGAAUUCAGUAUUUCUAGUACAUACAAAUGUUUAAAAUCAAAUAGACUAGAAGAAACAUUUCCAAACAUAAUAAUAUCUUUCCGAAUUUUUUUAUCAAUGAUGAUUACCAACUGCAGUGGGGAACGUUCAUUUUCUAAGUUAAAUUUAAUUAAAGAAGAGCUUAGAAGUACAAUGAGCCAGAAACGGUUAAACUCCCUAUCUUUAAUGAGUAUUGAACAUGAACUACUAUCAAGUUUAGAUUAUGAAAAUGUUAUUGAAGACUUUGCGAAUGAAAAAGCUAGGAAGAAACCAUUAAAGAGUAUUUAA